GCGCUGGCUGUCAGUCGGACUGUCGAAGUGCGGCUAAUCGUUUCGAAAAUGCGAUAAUAACGGAGCAAAAAUCUAUCUCUGUGUGCGGUUUAAAUAAUGUGCAAUAAGAAAAGUGCGGUCUUUUUUCACCCAGAAAACUGUUUCAUUAAUACCGAGUUAAGCCGGUGAAAAACAGUGAAAACUAACCUCAAACAAGAGGAAACUGAGAGGUUAGAACGCAAGGAAAAUGCCUCGCAUCGCAUCGCAGCUGCUGAUCAUCCCUUUAAUUAUCAUCGGGACGACUCAAGCGGUGAGAAACUAUGACCGAGAAGACCUUUUGACACUCCGCGAGGAGGUGCGGACUAUGUUUAAUCACGCUUAUUCAAGCUACCUAACCUACGCUUAUCCUUACGACGAGCUUCGCUCGCUGAGCUGCGACGGUUUUGAUACGUGGGGCAGCUACUCCCUGACACUGAUAGACGCGCUGGACACCCUGGUUGUUAUGGGAAAUUACACGGAGUUCAAGAGGGUCGUCGAUAUUUUGAGCUCGCGCGUGGACUUCGAGGAGAAUAUAAACGUCUCAGUUUUUGAAACGAAUAUCAGGGUCGUCGGUGGACUUCUCAGUGCCCACCUUCUCUCCCACAAGGCCGGACUCGAUCUUGACGCCGGAUGGCCGUGCAAGGGUUCACUCCUUCGCCUUGCCGAAGACGUAGCGAAGCGUAUAAUUCCUGCAUUUGAUACGCCGACCGGAAUGCCCUAUGGCACUGUAAACCUGAAGCAUGGUGUUCCCGACGGGGAAACAAGCAUCACCUGUACCGCCGGUAUCGGUACCUUCAUCCUUGAGUUUGGAACGCUAUCGAGACUCACUGGGAAUCCUCUCUACGAGGAGGUCGCCCUCAAUGCUAUGAAGGCCCUGCAUCAUUACAGAUCAAAGAUCGGGCUUCUCGGCAACCAUAUCGACGUGUUGACGGGACAUUGGACGGCUCAGGACUCGGGAAUUGGUGCUGGAAUCGACUCAUAUUUUGAGUAUUUGGCAAAGGGCGCGCUGCUCCUUCAAGACCCGUUACUCGUCGCUAUGUUCAAUGACCACAAAGCGGCGAUUGAGAAGUACAUGAAAAAGGAGGACUGGCAUUUAUGGGUCUCGAUGUCGAAGGGCCAGGUCACUCUGCCUGUCUUUCAGUCCCUGGAGGCCUACUGGCCUGGCGUUCUAAGUUUCUUUGGCGACAUAAGCAGCGCCAUGAAAUCUCUCCACAACUACCAUCAGGUGUGGAAGCAGUUCGGAUUCACUCCAGAGUUUUACAACAUACCGCAGGCCGACGCUGGGGCUAAUCGCGAGGGCUAUCCUCUGAGGCCGGAACUGAUAGAGUCCGUGAUGUAUCUUUACAGGGCGACGAAAGAUCCGUACCUAAUCGAGGUUGGAGUCGAUAUUCUCAGGAGUUUGCAGCACAGCGCAAAAACGAGUUGCGGAUACGCGACGAUAAACGACGUCAGGGAUCACAGAAAGGCGGACAGAAUGGAAUCCUUCUUUCUGGCCGAGACGACAAAGUAUCUUUACCUGCUUUUCGACCCGGAUAAUUUCAUCCACAAUGACGGACAACGAGGCACCGUCAUCAAGACUGAAUCUGGUCAAUGCGUCAUUGACGCCGGUGGCUACGUCUUUAACACGGAGGCGCAUCCGAUCGAUCCUGGCUCUCUUCACUGCUGCAAAAAGAUGGAGGGUAUUUUUCCCAGCAAGAAAUCAAUGCUGAAGAAAUUCGUUGUGGCCAAAAAUGAGGAGAGAAUCGAACCCGACAAAGGAUCAGGGGAUAACGAAAACGCCCCUGUUGAAGUGAUCAAGCUGUCGCAGAUACAACUUGACCCGGAAGAAGAGCCUUCGAUAAAGACCGAAGAAAUAGAAGCUGAGAAAGCGGCCAACGAAGCUUUGCCCGAGGCAAAUAAUUAUAGCCAAAAUAUAUCCAGAUCUGAAAUGCCGAAAAUCGAAGUCGUCGCUCCGCCAAACACCAUAUACAAGGCUGACGACAGCGAUGGGAUAGAUAUUUUCGAAGUACCUGCCGGUGUCAAUGGAGAGUAUCCAUCGAUGGCGGAAGAGGAAAACAAUACGCAAACCACUUACAAUAAGCCAAAAUUUUCAAAGAGAAAUAAAUUCGAGCCGGAUGUCAUGUUGGAGAAUAUUAGAAAUAGUAAUAUGUAUCCUAUUAAUGAGUCAACGCGAUUUGACUAUCAACUAUUGUCGUGCCAGUCGCAACCGUUUCUCCAACGCAUAUCUAUUAUUGGUGAAUUCUUUUGAUUUCGGUAUGUAACACGAAUAUCCGCGUACUGUAAUAUAUAAAUUGUAUUGUAUAUUAAUUGUCGAUAGUAGUUAUUUAAAAAACAAUAUCGGGGUAAGAUUAUCAAAUUUUUCAUACUUUCCAACGAAUGAAAUACGCGUG